UGACUUGACUGACGUUUACAUUGGCGUUCUUUUCGUCUCCGUUUACGUUUUUGAUAAAAGUUGUAAUAUUUAUGAAUUAAACAUCUCUGAAAAUUGUGGCUUUCCGAAGUGUUCGCUGAUACCAUGUUAAAUUGAUAGAAGAAACAAAGUGAUCUACCAUGAGUAACAAUUUAGAGAAUGAAAGAACAAUUACUGCUGGCAAAAUGUAUCCAAUUGAUUUGGCACCACAGAAAAUCACUAUCGUGAAAAGUGUAUCCAAUUCCGAGGUGAAAAUGACUCACUUGAUUACAAGCCAGCCCAAGACAACAGGUGCAGGUCAAAUAAUCACUCACGCCGGGUCUAUGGGCUUGAUUCGUCCUGCUUCUCAAAUUCUAACUCCUGGCGUCGGUUCGCAACAACAGAUGAUUGUCAGUGGAUCCCCAAUCCUUCAAGGGACAUCAAUAGUGAGCCAGGGUUCUCAGCUCUUGGGGCAGAGUUCCCAGAUCAUAACUCCACAGUUGCUCAGCGGCCAGAUAUUGCAGCCUGCUACACAGAUCAUUAGCCAGGGGACUCAGCUGUCUGUGCAAGUGUCUAGUUCCAGCCCUAGUGUGCAAGUUAGUGUGGCAUCCCCAGUCAGCGGAACACAGGUGUUGAAUGUGGGCAGCCUGGGUGGACAACUGGUCACAGGCACUGGUAACCUGGUGGUGAGCUCCUCAGUGCGUACGCUGCCGCAGAGUGUGCGCGUGCUGCCACCGCUGCCCCACCACAAUACCAGACCAGUUCUGACAAGCGGGGCUCCUCACAGCGGCGGAGUGUUGGUGAGCAAGGCGGUGUCUGCCCACGCGCCGGUCAGCAAGGCUCCCGCCAGCCACGUGCCGCGCGGGCUCGCCGCCGGCGCCUCGCUAGCUCUGCGCCCCGCCCAGCCCGCACAAGGUUGGUCGGGCGGGCGCGCUCGCGGCGCGCUGGUGUACAACGCGCGCGCGCCCGCGCCGCCGGCCACGUCGCCGCAGCACUCCGCCAUCGUCACGCUGCCCAACACCACCGUGCUCGCCUCGAGCCUCUCAAGCGGCGUGAUCGCGGGUGCAGUGCGCGCGCCGGCCGCUCGCCCUCUGCCGCUGCUGACGAGGAACUACCAGCCUGCUAAGGUGGUCGGUGUCGGCGUGGGUAACAGCGCACCCCCGCAGUUGUACUACGAGGUGCCCCGCGCGCCGCCGCCGCAGCCGCGCCUGCAGCCGCUGGCGCCGCCGCAGCCGCAAGCGCAGCCGCCGCCGCAGUCGCACGCGCAGCCCCCGCCGCAACCGCAGCCGCAGCCGCUAGUGACUUCAGUAAGCGUGGUGAACGCGGUGCAGGCGCUGACUGAGAUCCGCGGCGCGGCGCUGCCCGCGGCGCCGGCGCAGCCGCCCGGUGCGCCGCGCCCCUCCAUACUGAGGAAACGGGAUGCUGAAGGGUCACCCACAAAGCAAGCCGCCAUGUACGGGCGCACGGGGUGGGAGGACGUGCCGGCCGGCGCCGGCGCAGGCGCAGGCUCCGGCUCGGGCUCCACCACCAUGUCGGCCAGCUCCUCGCCCGCGCCCGACACGCCGCCCGACCCGCACCCCGACCUAGAGCCCAGGAAGAAGCCGCGCAAGCAGAUGCUAACCAAUGACGUCAGACAAUGCGAGUUCCCCCCCGAGGAUGCGCCCCCCACGCCACCCCCCGUCGAGGUGAAGCCGCCGCCAAAAAGGCCGCUGCUGAGCUCGAGCUACGUGUGCGGCUGGCGCGCCACGGCGCUGCACUUCGCGCGGCCGGGCGACGUGCGGCGCCGCGAGCCGCGCGCCAGAGACAUCCUCGCCAUCGCGAGCCAGCGCCACGUGCUCGGCACCGCCGAGGGCUGGAAGGUGCACCACCUCACCGCGCAGAUGGACGACCUGGUGUCGCUGGAAGCGGACGUGGGGUCGCAGCUGGCGGGCGUGCUGCGCGCGCUGGAGGCGCUUCCGAACCGCGCCACUGCCGCGCUGCAACCGCACUCGCACACACUACUCGAGCUGCUCAAGGGCAACAUUCAAAGAAGCAAGAUAGUCUGCGAAGGCAUCCAGGAAGCCCGCGAAGACAUCCUCCGAGUAUUUACACACCGUAACUUCGUGUCCGAUAUUCUGACGCGGCAGGCCGACAAGCGGAGUUUCCGGAAACACAGAUCACAGUCAUAAUUAACAGGCAAUACCACGAAAAUUCACCGCGUAUUGAGCUCUAAUGACAUUGACUGAAAGUCUAUUAUCAUGUACACGGUUAUUUUCGUGGUACUAUAAUAAGCUUGAGUCCUAAUGCUAUUACUUCUGUAAUUUGUGGAACACCGCACAUUAGGCAUCCCUGUCUGGGGCAAUACAAAUUUAUUUAAUGAGCGAUGCUAUUUAUGUGAUUCUCACUAUUUUCAGGGUUCAAAAAUAGGGUCGACCGCGAAUGUCAAACUGCCCCUACGGUAAUUCCUAAAGGCGACUUCAUUUGUAUGUGAGAUCUGACUAUGUGUGAAGAAGCAGCUAAUAAAGUUGACUAUGGUUGUUUUGUAUUUUAAAAUAAAUGUCGUGGACACUCCAUAGAAUGUGCGUGUCCUAAAUUCAGUAAAUUCUAUUACAUAAUGCAGAAUGUACUAGUGUAAGUUCCUUUUGUAAAUAGUGUAAAGAAUGUGUAUGUACAUUUAAGUAAUUCUAUAUGAGUAUUAAUUUUAUGAGAAGAGAAUGCCUUGAAAACGAGUUUUACUUGUGAUUUUGAUUAAAUAGAUGAAAAUAAUAAAGAGGAUUUCAUAUAA